CAGUUUCCUGGCCGUCACAUCACGUUACGACACGACACGAGCAGCGUUACGUUGCGUUGCACUGGCCUCACGUUGGAGAUUGACUCAGGAACAAAUACAAGUGACGGACGGCGCUUAAAUAAGAAGUUUUCCGCUGGUUCCCGCCACCUGUCAAAAAGGCGAUAGCCACUGCGUGCCGUGUGUUCCUCUCCUGUCGCGCCCGUCGUUGAAUUCCGGGACCAAGUCCUGGUUUGUCGUCGGGAGGCCCAGUGUUGGUUAUAUAAGCCAGGCGAAAUCGCUGGCAGCCCCAGAAAAACUUCCUGCAGCGCAGAAAAAAUUAAAAGAAUAGCAGUAGGAUGGCGCCUAUUCAAGCACCGUUAUCAACCGUACUUAAGCACUAACAAAGAAAAUAACACACACAAACACGCACAGGCACGGCACAGGCACACCACCACCACAGCAAACAGCAAACAGCAACAGCACCAAUAUCCCACCCAGUGUGGGGUGAAGCAUGAACCGUUUUUCUAUGCAACGAGAAUGACGAUAAACGAAUAACUGAGGGUGUAGUUACGUGAACAGUCCACAGGGGGCGCUAGACGCAUCAUCACCAAGAGAAUUCGAAGCAAAUUAACAAAAAAGAAAGCGCACAUUUAGGCAGCACCCAGCAAUACACUCUUGCACUAGCACAGUAUCCCCAAGACACAUAUAAACGUAUCCCGCACCCAACGAUUUACCAACAAUAACCGUUUCCAAAUCACCGCUCGAAUCAUGGCCAACACAGCACAGCUAUUGCGCCGUCAGAGCUCCAGGGACAUUGUGCUAAAAAGCCAGAAGAGCAUCGAUCAGCUAGAGUUGCGGGAGCUCCGUGGGCGUCUGGUGUCCAAGGAGCAUGGCGUCGGCCACCAUCAUCACACAUCGCUGCACCACCACCAGCCCAUGUAUGGGGCCACCAACCAGGGCUUUAUGUCGGACGCCUUCGAUGAGUCUUCCGAGCUGGAACAGGAGCCGGCAUUCGGCUCUGAGGCCAGCACCAGCAAGGCCAAGGCCGAGCUGGUGGCCGGCGCUUUGGAGCAGCAGCAGGACAUCGUUGAGGGGGAGAAGGAGGGCGAGGAGCGCGAGAGUUGGGACAGCAAAAUCAUGUUCCUGCUGGCUACCAUCGGAUAUGCGGUGGGUCUUGGCAACGUGUGGCGCUUCCCGUACCUGGCGCAGAAGAACGGAGGCGGAGCCUUUUUGGUGCCCUACUUCAUCAUGUUGUGCAUCCAGGGAAUACCGAUCUUCUACCUGGAGCUGGCCAUAGGACAGCGAUUGCGCAAGGGGGCGAUCGGCGUGUGGAGCCAAGUUUCGCCAUACCUGGGCGGCAUCGGUAUCUCCUCAGCGGUGGUCAGCUACAUAGUGGCCCUCUACUACAACACGAUAAUAGCCUGGUGCCUGAUCUAUCUACUGCAUAGCUUCGAGUCGCCUCUUCCGUGGGCCGACUGCCCAACCCGACUGUAUGCGAACUACACCUACGACCAUGAGCCGGAGUGCGUGGCAUCCUCGCCGACGCAAUUCUACUGGUAUCGCACCACGUUGCAGUGCUCAGAGAGCGUGGAUAUGCCGGAGAACUUUAACUACCACAUGGCGAUUGCGCUGAUGGUGUCAUGGUUCCUGGUCUACAUCUGCAUGGUCCAAGGGAUCACUUCCUCCGGCAAGAUCGUCUACAUGACAGCCAUCUUUCCCUACGUCGUCCUCAUCAUUUUCUUCUUUCGCGGAAUUACACUCAAAGGCGCCUCGGAUGGGGUGGCUCAUCUGUUUACGCCGCGCUGGGAGACGCUGCUCGAUCCCGUCGUGUGGCUGGAGGCCGGCACCCAGAUCUUCUUCUCCCUGGGACUGGCGUUCGGCGGCCUCAUCGCGUUCAGUUCAUACAAUCCGGCGAACAACAAUUGUUAUCGGGAUGCCCUGCUCGUCUCGCUCACCAACUGUGGCACCUCAAUGUUCGCUGGCGUUGUCGUAUUUUCGGUGAUUGGCUUCAAGGCCACGGCCACGUUCGACCGCUGCACGGAGGAGAGGAACGGCCUGAUGGCCAUGAAUCGCACCCAGAAUCUGCCCGUCUGCGAUCUGCAGCGAGAGCUGGCUAAUAGUGCCUCCGGCACUGGCCUGGCAUUCAUAAUCUUCACGGAGGCGAUCAAUCAAUUUCCAGGCGCACAACUCUGGGCCGUGCUCUUCUUCCUGAUGCUCUUCACGCUGGGCAUCGACUCGCAGUUUGGUACGCUCGAGGGUGUAGUCACCUCGCUGGUGGACAUGAAGCUCUUUCCCAACCUGCCCAAGGAGUACAUUGUGGGGGGUCUGUGCGCCACUUGCUGUCUGAUCUCUAUGUGCUUUGCCAACGGAGCUGGCAGCUACAUAUUCCAGCUAAUGGACAGUUUCGCCGGCAAUUUCCCUCUGCUGGUCAUCGCCCUAUUUGAGUGUCUGUCGAUCAGCUAUAUCUAUGGAGUGCGACGGUUUUCGGAUGACAUCGAGAUGAUGACCGGCUCGAGGCCGAGCUUCUAUUGGAUGUUCUGCUGGAAGUAUUUGUCACCCUGCGCCAUGGUCACCAUUUUGCUGGCCUCCUUCUAUCAGCUCCUCACCGAGGGCAGCAGCUACCCAGCCUGGAUUGCGGCCAAGGGCUCCACCGAUUCCAUGGAGUGGCCGCAUUGGUGCAUAGUGGCAGCAUUCUUCCUCAUCCUUUCGUCGAUCCUAUGGAUACCCAUUGUGGCGGUGCUGCGACUGUGCGGCAUUAAGGUGGUAGAGGAUUCCGAUCCGGCCUGGUUCCCCGAAGCCGAGCUCAGAGAAGUCCACGGCAUCGUACCACACGAACCGACAGAGCUGGAGCGCAGCAUAUUCUGCUUCAACAUGGACGGCACGGAGGGCAUGUGCUGCCCCAAAUACGGACUGCCCGAGAAGUCCCUCGAGGAGGAGGAGUAAGCUCAGACAUGCACCCAUCAAAAGCCAUCAAAGGAGUCGUCAGAGAGGGGGCACCAACCAAGAAGACAAUAAGAAAGCAAAUAAGAACAUGAUUCAAAAAUUAGCCAUUGAAAUGUAAUGUAAAUAUGGACAAUAACUAAGCCACUCACCGAUGAUCAAAUGCGUCGAUAUCUACACUCCUAUAUGGUCCCAAAGACUGUUCAACCGUUCAAAGAAAACCACAGCAGCAAUACACCAAAAAUGUAUGUAUAAAUACUCGUAACAACUCGUAAAAGGUGGCCAAGACGGUGAAAACUCGGCGCGGAUGCGCGGUUUCAUUGAAGUAGAUACAAAAACGAAAUCUAUAGAAAUAUUUCCGCAUAACUUCGUUAGCAUGAAAAUGUAUAAAAGGCAAAUGUAUGCGGGCGGGGCAUAGCCAAAAUCAUAAUAAUUAUUAUUUUCGUUUUCCAUAUCUUUCGAUUGGUCUCUGCACCAACUGGAUAAAAAGGGGUCUGCGAUGUCUAUGUAUUCCGCUUUUUAGCACGAGUGCGGCCAACCUUUAUGGGACAUAUCCGAUUCGGUACCGGUGCAUGCCAUAUUUGAUUCAAGAAUGAAGAGAAACUGAAUGCAAAGUGAAAUUGAGUGUUUGCUGAUUACUUGCUGACUAUAUCGGAUAUACACACAGAUGAAUAUAUAAUAUGAUACAUUUACAAAUACGAUUAUGUAUGUAACUAUGCUACAUAUUCUAGUAUAGGUUCAUUUGUGUGGACAAUAUUUGCUUUGACUCGAUUAUUGUUAAGCCAGACAGACUAUGAGUUAACCAUAUCAUGCGAGCAUAGAGCACCCACCACCUAUAAGAUAUGUAUACACACGCACACACACACACACACACACACACACACUAUAUACACACUAUACUCGUAUAUAUUUAUGUACCUACUACCUACCAUAGUUCAUUCUCUGUUGGGAUCGGCUCUGCUUUCUGUGUUUGUUGUUAUUAAUGUUAAUGUAAUAAAGUUGAUGUUAUAAGGCAAAAUCAUAUCAGAUCCUAAACUACAAUUUAAAGUCUCGAUGUUAUAAAAGAGUUACGGCAAAAACAAAAUAUUAUCACACAUAUUGGAUAUUCAUAUUUGUUCUGUUUUGCCUAAACCGAAAGUUAUAUCAGAAUAAUUAUGUCACUCCGCCUCAGGCACUACUAACUGCACAAAUAUAUAUAUUUACAUAAAUGCAUACAAAUCGCAAUCGCAACCGUUCAGCUAGUCGAGAAACGUAGGAGGAAAUGAGACUCUACAUAAGUACAUGAAAAUACAUAUACAUAUACAUAUACAUAACUGAAGAUGAAAGCCUAUGCAUGGCCUUGAGAAGUAUUCAUAUACCCACACGAAUUAUACAUCCAUAGAUACAAAUUAAUGUGAGUUCAAAUGAAAUUAGCUCUUGAUUUCACUGUAUUAUAUAUAUAUAUAUAUAUUUAUUAUACACUCAUUUAUGGUAUAUGUUUACAAAUAUAAAUCGGCAUGUGCAUACCUAUACGCACAUCUACUAAGUGUUAUUGAUGUUUGACAAUAAUGAAACCAAUACGAAACGAGUUUUAAACACCAAAAAUAUACAAU